AUGCCGGGGAAUAGUUUAGGUACAAGAAAGCAAUUUGGCCCUAAGGUGCAAGAAGAGCAGUGUGGCUUUGGGUCAAACAGAUGUACCUCUCACCAGAUCUGCACCUUUCACCAGACUACUGAGAAGUCGUGGGAGUUCACUCAUCCGGCUGACAUGUGGUUCGUUGACCUGGAGAAAGCUUUUGACUGGAUUCCACGAGACAAGCUGUGGGCGUCCCUGAAAACGUAG